AUGGGUGGCAUUCCCUUCCAGUCCAAGGGGUGCCAAACAUGUAGAAGCCGAAAGAUCAAGUGCGACCUCCAGCGACCAGAAUGUGCACGGUGCCUCAAGCGUGGUCUUCCCUGCUCAGGAUAUGACAAGGAUCGAACUUUUGUCCAUUAUAAAUCCGCAAAACGGUUAGCAGCUGCAUCUCAAACAGGGGUGGCGGCAGCAGCAGUACCCCAGUCGUCUGCCCUGGAGAUUGCCCAGAAUGUGCCUCUACCCGCGCCUGUCAAUUCCCACCCUGAAGCUCGUUCUCAAAUAUUUUCUUCUUUUCUAAGCGCCUACUUCCCCCUCGAUACAGUGGGACUCGUGGGCGCUGAUGUAUGGUAUCAUCUGAUCACCGGCUUUGCUACUCUCCCUAGCAGGACCGGUACAUCUACAUCAUUAUUGGACAAAUCAAUGUGUGCAAUGACCUGUGUUGCUUUAGGCCAAAUAAAGCAAGACCAGCAGCUCAUAUAUUAUGGAACCUCCCUCUAUAACGCUGCAAUAAAACACAUGUCAAAUAUGAUACACCGAAAUACCCCCAACGAAGAACUUCUUUACGCAACCGUGAUUUUCCAGAGACUUGAGCCUUUCUUCUGUAUGCAGCCCUUAUUUUCUCCCCUUGGUAUUGAGGCCUGGAUUGCCCAUUCCGAGGGAACGAAUGCCUUUUUGAGGAAAUGCCAUCGUGAUGCCCCAAACAACCCUCUAGUCGAUUCAAUAUAUCAGCAUCAAAAACUCUUGGGAGUGGCGGACCCAUUGAAGUCCUCAGAGACCGCCAAGCCCAUUGCCGGUCCCUUCGAGAUAUACGCAGCAUUCAAGCCCAUUCUCGCCGGCUUUAAGCGGCUGAAUAAUCUCAGUAGUCUCGAAUACUGCGAGAAACUGCUCAGAGAUUGCAUCUCCCACAAAGAUAAUAUCUCUGCCUGGUUCGCCAGCAUAAAGCCAUCACUUGGCUCGGAACCCACUCCCUACCCAAACUUCAAGUCAACAUGUGCACAUUUGCCCGCAACAGAUGCAGUUUUCGGUCCCGCAUAUCAUUUCCCUGAUCUAAAAAGUGCCAGGCUCCAUAUUCUCUACUGGACGGCAUUAUGCCUCGUCUACCCAAUGAUAUACCAGGCCAAGAUGCACACCAUGGCGCACGCCGGACGCCCUAGGACCAUGGAUCCAAACACCGACCAGGACUACAUGCUUUGCUGGUACUAUGCAGACGAAGCUUGUCGAGGCAUCCCGUAUUGCCUGACGAAUACCGAGGAAAUAUGGGGCGCCCAGGGUGUGAUGUUCUCCAUAGCUCAGGCUUCAAUGGUCUACAGCAAUACCAGAUGGCGAGAGAAAUUCAUGUGGUGUCAAAAUGCCUUUACAGCUAUAGAGAAUCUCGGGUUUGGACUUGCGGUCUGUCUUAGAGAGGCUGCAUUGAAACAUUGGUUCGUCUCGGAGGUUACACAUGUGAUGGCGACUUCGACACUUCCAUUGAGAAAUGCGUCACCGAAGACACCAGUGCCGUCAACGGGUGAAGAACCGGGGACACAUCUAGAGGUACUUGAGCUAUCGGCUGAUCCUUAG